AUGGAAGAGGUUUUGGAGAGGCAAGAGCGAGAAAGGAGAGCAAGAAUGCGUAGAGCUGCAAGCAAAAGGGCGCAGAGAGAACUAGAUGAGCAACUUGGUGUGGCCGUUGCUUUGCUGGAGGAAGAAAACCAGAGCCGCCGUGGUUCACGAGAAGGCCGGGCACCGAAUGUGGAUGAGAUUGCUAGGAUAGGGAAGUCCACAAUUUUGGAGAGCUUAGUGCGAUUUUGUGAUGCAGUGGAAACUCUGUACACCAGGGACUACCUGCGCAGACCUACGCCCAGGGACCUGCAACGACUCCUACAAAAAGCUGAGUCUCGUGGAUUUCCUGGGAUGAUUAGUAGUAUUGACUGCAUGCACUUGCAAUGGAAAAAUUGUCCAACUGCUUGGCAAGGGGAUUAUGGCAAUCGGAAAGGGCAGAAAAGCAUCAUCCUCGAAGCAGUUGCUGGUUUUGAUACAUGGGGGUACAGAAAAGAUGUGGAGAGGUGUUUUGGUAUCCUUCAAGCUUGGUGGGCAAUUAUCAGGGGCGCGACGCGUCUAUUUGAUGAGGAGGUGCUUAGGAGUAUAAUGAUGACUUGUAUCAUCCUCCACAACAUGAUUGUGGAAGAUGAGUAUGAUUACGAUGCUGAUGAAGUGUAUGAACCAAAUCCCAUAAACACGGCCUUAACACGAAUUUAUGAAAAACCUAUGGGGCCAGAUGGAGAACCAGUGCAGCAUGAUCUGUUAGUUAGAGACAGUAGUUUCAUGCAUCGUAUGAUUGAGCGCUACACGAAGAUGCAAUCGUCGUAUAUUCAUGAACACCGUCAAGUUGACUUGAUGGAGCAUUUGUGGGCGGUAAAAGGGAAUGAAGGACAAUGA